AAAUAAGGGUAGGGAUUCUAUUACAGCAAUGGAAAGUAGAAAAAAUUGUAUUUGGGACAUCAACUCGGGAGGAGUUCGCAGGAGCAGUGUAGAGGAAGCGAGAGUGCGAGAGGAUGGGGAGAGAGGUAUCAGAGAGCUGCGUCGAUAGCCUUCUAAUUGAAAUGGUCUCCACCUACUGCAACCGCUUCUACGCCAACAAAUCGGAGCUCGCCGCCCGUCGGAUCGAGGCCAUUGGUUAUCAGGUCGGCCACCAGCUCUCCGAACGGUACACAAUGGAGAGGCCACGCUUUGGUGAUCAUCUAGAAGCAAUCAAGUUCAUUUGCAAAGAUUUUUGGUCAGAACUCUUCAAGAAGCAGAUAGACAACUUGAAGACAAAUCAUAGAGGAACCUUUGUUUUACAAGAUAAUCGUUUCCGUUGGCUUGCACGCUUGUCAAUUGAUCAAACAUCUGAAAAUGAAGGAGCAUCUCAAGAUCCGUCUGAGAACAAGGCCAUGCAAGCAAUGAGCAUGUAUCUCUAUUUUCCAUGUGGAAUUAUCAGGGGAGCUCUUUCAAACUUAGGAAUACCUUGUGCUGUUUCUGCAGACAUGUCCAACCUUCCUGCAUGUUCAUUUGUGGUGCGUAUAAAGGCUUGAUGAGGGGCAUGCAGGCCAGAAUUUCUAAUAUUGGGCAUCCAAAUACUUGUUGCUGUUACUUGCUAGCAUAAGAGGAUUAUUUCUCACCUUAUUUUGCACAAAGACUUCUCUGAACUUGUAGCACCAGAAUUCUUGAAGAAAUAUAUUGUACCGAGUAAACCUGAUUUAAUCUCGGUAGAUUUGUUGGUAAGAUUUCCGUUUGUAUUGAAGUGUUUUACUUAAGGCCAAGAAAAAGUAUUUACUCGCAUAAUAUCUAUUCUAAC